UUUAAUGGUGUGGUUGCUUUUUGUUCUGAAGAAAUGUUUUCCCACUUUACAGCUUUAUAGCAUUUUUUUAGCAGUGAGGAAAACUUGGAUGAAGAGCUGGAUUUAGAAGUAUAAACACCUUGGAUUUAUUCGUCCAACUUUAAGGGGACAAAAUGAGCAAAACGAAGACUAAAAAUGAUAAUAAAACAGAGAAGGCCUUGGCUGCAGAGAAAGAACAGUUUGGCAAACAGCAGCUUCAAAGCAUAAGCAAAAUUGCCACCUCAGCUGAAGUUCCACCUAAAGAGAAAUAUGUGCGCAAUAUAAUUCUUGGAAGUCACAAGGAGGGUGGAGCCACCACCUUCUGGUCCUACAUCUUGAACCUGCCUCUGUCCAGCAACUCCAUGGUCAGCUGGAAGGUCUGCUAUCUGCUGCACAAAAUGCUCAGGGAGGGCCACAGAAAUGUUGUUACAGAUUCUCACAGACACAGCCGCAGUAUAAGAGACAUGGGAGCCCUAUGGGGAAACCUGCAUGAUCGAUAUGGUCACAUUGUUGCCUUGUCAGCUAAAUACCUCCACCUCAAAAUGGAGUUUCAUGCAAAGCACAAAGUGAUCCCAGGUAACCUAGAGGCUACUGAUGAGACUUUGGACAGAGAAGCAGGAACUGACAUGACCAAAGUGUUGGAAAUGACUCAGGAGCUGUUGGAAUACUUGGAUGCUGGACUGAAGAUGGCUGAGACGGUUCUGCGUCAGAUGGAUGCCAACGGGGCCAAAUCCACAACCCCAGCCGGACAGUGCAGACUGACCCCUCUCAUCCCCCUCAUACUGGACUGCAGUUUCCUCUACCACUUCUCUGUCAGAUUGCUGUUCAAACUGCACAGCCGUAUCUCCCCGGAUGUACUUCUCGGACAUAGAGAGAGAUUCCGUGACCUGUUCAUGAGCCUCACACAGUUCUACAACAGAGCCAGAGAAAUUGAGUUCUUUAAAAGUAUCAUCCAGAUCCCAGAUCUCCCAGAUGCUCCUCCAAACUUCCUCCGAGCUGCUGCUUUGGCUGAGUAUAAAAAGCCAGUGGUGUUUAUGCCAGGCGAGGAUCGCCCAGAGGAGGACGAAGUGGACGUGCAGCCAGAGUUUAGAGAAGCGACUCAGAUGCCACAGUACUAUUUGCUCAGCCAGAUGGGUGGACCUGAGGCGUCUCUGGACCACAGAGAAACCGAAAGCGAUGGCUAUAAGAGCGAACUUGAGGCGCUGAAACCAGAGAUAGAGCUCAUCAAGAGUGAGGCUCAGAAAUGUAUGAUUGAGUUAAAAGCUCAAGUGAACCAUCUGGAAGCAGAGGUUGAAGAGCAACGCACCCACAAACAGGUCGCUCUGGUUGAAAACGAACACCUGCGGAUGGAAGUGGAGGCUUUACGCACCACUAACGUGGCCAAUGUUGGAGCUCAGAUCGGAUACAAGGAAGCAGACACCAGAGCUCAGGCUGCACAGGUUCGAUUUACACAGCUGAAAGAGAGACACGCAGAGCUGGUUACGAGCCACGCCGAUUUAAUGAAGAAGAAUGCAGAAACUGUUAAGAGGCUGUCAAGUACAAAGCAAGUGCAAGAUGAUUUACUGAGAGCCAAGCAGCAGCUGGAGAGCGAAGUGGAAAAUCUGCGACAUGAGAAAAGAACUGCGAUGAGUCAGCAGCAGGAGGUUGAGCGCCUGAAUAAAGAACUGCUGGAGCAGAGAGCAGAGAUGGCCCUGCUCCGCAGCAUUUUGGAGAACAAGGAGAAGGAGGGGACUCAGGUGAGCAGCAGCCUGGCAGCUCUUCAGGCAGAGCGGGACACUCUGUUUCGCUCCGCCAUGGAAAAAGACGUAGAGCUGUCCUCUCUGAGACAGCAGGCCCAGCAGCAGCAGAGCUCUGUGGACCUGGAGAAAGACAGAUUGAAACGAGAACUGGAGGCCCUCAGAGCUCAGCUGCAGCAGCAGCUUGCCAUAAAUGCAGAGCAGAAGCUAGAGAUCGAUUGGCUGAAGCGAGAGCUGGACUCCACCCGAGCAGAGCUCACACGAGUCAACACUCUGCUGCAAAGCAGAGAAUUGAGUGGCACGCAGCUGAACAGCACACUGGCCGGUCUGCAGGCAGAGAAGGAGAUGAUGCUGAAAUCAGUUCGGGAUCAGGAGGCAGAGCUAAAGUCUCUGAGACAACAAGCUCAUCUCCACCAGAGCACCCUGGAGCAGGAGAGGCAGAGGAGCAGCAUGGAGCUGGGAAGCUUACAUGCCCAGCUGCAACAUCAGGCCCGUCGGGAGGGUGAGCUGACCCAGAAGCUGCAGGACGAGCAGUACUGUCUUCUUCAGUGUGCAGUUGUGGAAGCUGAGGGCAUCAUAUUGGAUGCUGUGGCCAAACUGGACGACCCCAUACAUGUCCGCUGCAUCAGUUCUCCUGAUUAUUUGGUGAACCGAGCUGAAAUCACACUGGGUUCUAUUGAUAAAAUGCAGCAGAGCCACAUGGUCUAUCUGGGAAACAGGAAUGAUGCCAGUGGCCUGCUGAGAGCCGUCACCCAGUUUUCCCACCUUGCCGCCGACACAAUCGUUAACGGCGCAGCAACGUCACACUCUGCUCCAGUUGAUCAUGCUGAGAGUUUAACCGACAGCUGUCGGGAAUGUGCGAAUAACUGCCUGCAGUACUUGAAUGAUUUGAAAUCUCAAGCCAAUUUACAGCGAGCGGAUCCGUCUGCCAUACGCUACAUUGUUCAGCGCAUCCUCGCCAUGGGACAGGAUUUGCGGCCAAAAGGACAGGAUGUGUUGAAAGAAGAGCUGGGAAGCAUGGUGGAUAAAGAAAUGGUCGCUACAUCCACAGCCAUCGAGGAGGCUGUGCUGCGAAUGGACGAGAUUCUGACCCAAGCAAAGAGAGACACCAGUGGUCUAAAGCUGGAAGUCAACCAGAGCAUCCUGGGAUCCUGUUCAGAUCUGAUGAAGGCUGUUCAUAUCCUGGUCACAUCUGCUACUGACUUACAGAAAGAUAUAGUGGAAGGAGGCAGGGGGGCAGCGUCUGUUACUGAGUUUUAUGCCAAAAACUCUCGCUGGACUGAAGGACUCAUCUCAGCAUCCAAAGCUGUGGGCUGGGGUGCAACUCAGCUGCUAGACUCAGCUGACCGGGUGGUGGCUGAAAAAGGUACAUACGAGGAGCUCAUUGCCUGCUCCCAUGAGAUUGCUGCAAGCACUGCACAACUGGUUGCUGCGUCCAAGGUGAAGGCUGAUCGCAACAAUAAGAAGCUGUACACACUCCAGCAGGCCUCACGGCAUGUGAAUGACAUGGCUGCUGUAGUUGUCACCUCCACCAAACAUGGGCAGCAGCAGAUUACUGACCACAGUGUAAUGGAUUUCUCUGGCAUGUCUUUGAUCAAGCUCAAGAAAGAAGAAAUGGAAGCUCAGGUCAAGGUGCUGCAGCUGGAGAGCCAGCUAGAGCAGGAACGAGUCCGUCUUGGGGAGCUCAGGAAGAGGCACUAUGACCUCGGAGGCCCUGGGUCUCCAGAUGCCAAAAAUGACAAUGAUGAUAGCUUCCCUCCCCCGCCACCACCUACCCUGCUUGAUUCCACCCCCCAACCUGAGCCCUUUCCACAUACACAGCCUUUUACAAGCACACAGAGGUUGUCACUGCCUCAGUCUUACACACCAACUCAAACUUAUACUCCAUCUCAAACGUACACCUCAUCUCAAACUUAUACUCCAUCUCAGACGUACACCUCAUCUCAAACUUAUACUCCAUCUCAGCCAUUCACACCUUCUCAACCCUACAAUGCAUCCCAAACCUACACACCGCCUCAAACCUACACCCACUCCCAAACGUACACCCCCUCACAGCCCUACAUUUCACCCCAACCUUACAGUUCAUCAGUGCCGUACAUUCCAACCCCAACCCAAAGUUAUCUACAGCCCCAGUCUCAUUCCCUGUCACAGCCGUCAUCGCUUCCAUCCAGCGCAGCCCAGCCCAAACCAGCUUCCCAGCCGCAGACCACCCAGCAGAGCAGCACUGAAUCACACAAACUGGCCUUCAAGAAACCAAGCAUCUUUGUUAAAUCUGGAAACUUGCUGAAAAAUGCGUUCAAACGAGGCGAAACUGGAACUGGAGAGUCUUAGACAUUACUGAAGAAGACGACUCCGACUUGAUGAUGUUACAACUCGCUGGAGAUUUACUAGUCUUUAUGAUGUUAAUGAAGGAAACUCAACUUGAGUGAAAUUUUACAGGAAUCAAUGCAGUUUGCUUAAUAUGUGUUACAGCUUCAAAAUGGAUAAAAAUUGAAAAUUUUUUGUAGUCAUACUAAAGUAUGUGUUAAUACCCCUAAACCUUGAUUCAGUGAAAAUGAUCAAAUUAUUGAAAAUUGAGUUGUAUUUCUGUGUUUUGAUUUGUCUUGUCCUAGUUGUAUUUCUUCAUAAAAAUCUUGUGUCCUUAUUCUUCUAAAAAUGUCCUUCUGAAUUCAAGGUUUAAAACAGAUAAUACAAGAAAACUGAAAGAAAGGUGGACCGGACCUUUGUAUGGUUUAAUCUUUUACCACAUUCAAGACUUGCCUCAAAAUCAACCUGUUCACUCACACUGCUAUCACUACAACUUCAGCUCAUUUUUUGAGUGUUUGUUGUUUCAGUAGUUUUAGGAUUGACUGUUUCCUUUUUUGUGUUUUCAUUGAUGUUGACCAAGUUGUAAUUAAUUGUUGCUUAUAAUGCACGAUUAUGUACGUAAAUUGUAUUUUUAUUAAUAUGGAAAGGUAAAAUUAAAAGACAGAAUGAAUCCUGAAGCUGAUGCAAUAAUCACCAUUAAACUAACACAAAUUUCUCACAAAUCUAAACAAUGUUCGUCUUUGACAAAUCAAAUUAUGAGCAAUCCGUAAUAAAUAUGUUUAUUUACAUAAUUUUAAUCAGUUUUUGUACAGUUUUUUUUUUAAGUGACUAUUUUUAUAACAUUUACUUAGCUCUUUUCCACUGUUUGGGACACAAUUUCCUUUAACCUUUUGAAUGACAAUAAAGAUUUGGAUUUUGAUAUGUCCUUAAA